AUGCCGACAGCUGACCCGGCGUGUGCUUUCUUCAAAGACGAGAGUGGCACCCAUCAAACAGCAGACAAUACCAAGGUUAGAACUGCUUGGUGCACUGAUCUUAGCAAGACUUGUCAGUACCUUACUGAAGUCACUUACUUGCAAAAUAACAUGAACAUUUUGUUACUGCUUUUAUGGCGUGAUAAAUAUAUAUCACCUGACUAGUUUUUAAAAUGCGCUUGUUCAGCAUGUCUUUACGUUAGGUUUUGGUUGAUUGUAAGCAAGAAUUCAAGAGCCAAAUUGUGACAAUUAAGAUUUGUACCGGUUUUGAGGAUUAAAGUGAUUGAAAUUACAAAAGUGAGUAUCACUUUCUUACAGAACAAAAUUAAGAAAGAAGCUAGUAUGGCAAGGGAAGAAGUUGAAGAAGUUUCUCUGCACAAGAAAAGGAAAGAACAGUUGGACCUCGCGAACCCAGCUGGAAUUGAAGCUUGACAAUGAGAAGAAGACCGCAGAAGUAAUUAAGACCCAGAAAGCAGAGGGGGCAAAAUUACCUAAGCUAAAGAUAACCAGGCUCAACGGAAUGUACCAAGCUUGGUUGCCAAUGGAAGUUAAUUCCGCAGAUUUGGCACCUGUAUCAAAGUUCACAUAUUUGAAGGAAUUAUUAAAGCCCAAAAUUAGAGUUAGCAUUGAUGACCUUAAAACAUUUUUGCUAUAAUAAUAUUAUUGACUGUAAUUUUGAAGUGCAACAAAGAACCUUAUCAAAACCUUAAGAUUGGCAGAAACUGGAGGAAAUACUGAAAAUAUAUCAUAUACACUUUGAAGGGUGGCACAAGUUCCUCGUGUAUAAAUAUAUUUGUUUGUAUUUAAAACAAUAAUUUACACAUGAAAUAAAAGUACCAUUAAAUCAAUGAAAACGUUGUCCACUUCAUUGGUAAAACAGAGCAAAACACCAUGUAACUCCCCCACCCCUCUGAAGUAUUCCAAUUAAGUACAAGUGGUCAGCACACAAAAGACUUCCUAGUCAAAAUAACUUGUAUUUAUCUUCCCCAGCAAUCCAAAGUAUUCUUUUCUGCUCUAACUGAUAUUCCACAAGAAAACCUUGCAUUGCAUGUAGUACUAAAUUCUUCAUCACUGCAUACGAGGCUGCUCCUGGUUUACUUUAUCCAGCUACUCUCAUGAGCAUGCUUCCCAACAUUAACUUCAGGUAUCAAAAAGGGGAACAACAACAAAGUACCGAAAACCAUCUGUCUCCAACUGCUGCGUUUCAAUUCCAGCCGUGUUAAGAUCAAGCAAACAGUGAAGUAUGAUGAAACCCUCACACUAACUGAAAUCAAUGCAGCAGAUAAGUUAGGGUUAACAGGAAGUGCUUUAGUGGCUUACAGACUUGUUGCUGUUGUAGUGCACAUCAGAAAUAAUCUACCUUCAGGUCACUGUGUGUGCUUCAUGAAAAGGAAUGGGUUGUGGUAUUGUGCUGAUGAUGCUUGUAUCAAAGAAUGCACUGCAUUUGAGGCCGCUAGCCAACAAGCAUAUCUCUUAUUCUAUGAAACGGCCGAUGCUUCUGAUGACCCUGAAGUAAGGGUU